GGGAGCCGCGGCCGCCCGCUCCUGGGCCGGUCACUCCGCCUAGUCCAAAGGCGGCACACGGUCUUUGCGGAGCUUGUGGCCCGCUGGUUUGUCGGCAGAACCUGUCGGUGAUCCUCCAGGGCGGCCAUGGCAGAGCCACAGCCCGCACCCAGCGGCCUCACGGAUGAGGUCGCCCUCAGCUGCUGCUCCGACCCGGACCCCAGCACCAAGGACUUCCUGUUGCAGCAAACCAUGCUGAGAAUUAAGGACCCUAAGAAGUCCCUGGACUUUUAUACUAGGGUUCUUGGAAUGACGCUACUCCAAAAGUUUGAUUUUCCUUCAAUGAAAUUUUCCCUCUACUUCUUGGCUUACGAGGAUAAGAAUGACAUCCCUAAAGAUAAGGAUGAAAGAACAGCAUGGACGUUUUCCAGAAAAGCUACACUUGAGUUGACACACAACUGGGGCACCGAGGAUGAUGAGACCCAGAGUUACCACAACAGCAACUCAGACCCUCGGGGAUUCGGUCACAUUGGGAUUGCCGUUCCUGAUGUCUACAGUGCCUGUAACAGAUUUGAAGAGCUGGGAGUCAAGUUUGUGAAGAAACCCGACGAUGGUAAAAUGAAAGGUCUGGCAUUCAUUCAAGAUCCUGACGGCUACUGGAUUGAAAUUCUGAAUCCUAACAAAAUAACAAAGAUUGUUUAGUUCUGUGAGAAUGCUCCUUUGAGGUGUCGGUGACGGUGGGGACAAGAAACAGCGUGAUACAAGAUUCUAAGGCACCAGAAGCAUCGAGAGUCGAUGGAUCUUUGCUCCAGUUCAAGUCAUUCUGAAAUCCUUUUCAUUGUCCUGUUUCAGUGGUUUUUUAAAAAAUCCUCCCUCCUCUGUUUAGUCAACCUAAUUUUCAAGUACCAGUUUCUUAUGACUUUGACAAAGUUGUGUGACUUUGCUUUUUAGAUAAUAAUUAGAACGAUUCCCUUCAGAGACUACAUUUGCUACCCUGUCUCUUAAGUAUUACUCAAGUCUGGUUUUGAUUCAUCAUUUAAAAUUUUGUUUUAAAUGUUUCUUUUUCUUACCUUCUGGGGUUUCAAUUCCUCAGAAAUAACUUUUCAUAAUGGAAAGUAAAGAACACUGAACAGAAAUGAAACUUCGUAUGUACUUCAAACAGCAUAGUGUUUAUUUUACAAAAGAGAAGGCACUCUUGAGAGCAAUUCUGAAUCACGCUGACUAGGAAACUGACAGAAAUACUAAUUUUUAUAUAUAUAUA